CGUCGUUCCAAGAAUGGCAACUGCGUCUUCCGAAAUACGCUGAAGCGCAGCUAUUUUGUAAGCCUUGGAUUUGGGUGAGGAAAGAGGCAAAAGUAAGCGAGGAGGAGCCGAAGCCGGGGUUGUGCUCAUGUGACCGCUGGCGGCACAGGGCUGGGGUUACUGAGAAGUGGUUGCAACUGCUGCCGCUUUUGCCCGUUUUUGGAACUGGGUAACAAGCGAGAGAGACCGGAGGAUUCGCUCCUCUCAAGGAUGCGAAGCCGCCUCGCCCCAAACAGAUGAUGGCGAUACGAGAGCUGAAAGUCUGUCUGCUUGGAGAUACUGGAGUUGGCAAAUCAAGUAUAGUUUGUCGAUUUGUUCAGGAUCAUUUUGACCACAAUAUUAGCCCUACUAUUGGAGCUUCUUUUAUGACUAAAACAGUCCCUUGUGGGAAUGAGCUUCAUAAAUUUCUAAUCUGGGACACAGCAGGUCAGGAGAGGUUUCAUUCACUGGCACCCAUGUACUAUCGUGGAUCAGCAGCAGCUGUUAUAGUUUAUGACAUAACUAAGCAGGAUUCAUUUCAUACACUGAAGAAGUGGGUAAAAGAAUUAAAAGAACAUGGUCCUGAAAACAUAGUAAUGGCUAUUGCUGGAAACAAGUGUGACCUUUCUGAUAUUAGGGAGGUACCUAUGAAAGACGCCAAAGAAUAUGCACAAUCUAUAGGCGCAAUUGUUGUUGAGACUAGUGCCAAAAAUGCAAUUAACAUUGAAGAACUCUUUCAAGCAAUCAGCCGGCAGAUUCCACCUUUAGAAACUCACGAAAAUGGCGACAGUGGAACAAUCAAACUCAGGAAACAGACUGCUCAGACAACACGAAGAUGCUGUUAAACAAACCAGAAUUGGUUUAAUGCACUUGAAAAUAAAACAAGAUCAUUUAUUUAUUGAACCACGGACUUCAGAAAGCCAACAACAUGGUACACUCUAAAAACAGUAGUAUCAGUAUUCUUUAUUGAUGGGAUUAGUAGGAGAGAAAUGUCCUUCCAAUGAGUUCUGCAGAAUUAUGUAGACAAUUCAUUUGAGCAGUAAACUGGUUGAAACAAUGACUCAGAUUAUUUGAAAUAAUCUGUUUAAAUCAUUGACUAUUCUAAAGAAGCAAUAAGUACAUUUUUUUACAAAUCUUUUUUGUAUUUUCAGUAUGUUUCUCAUUACAUAUAAUUUUACAGAAUUAUAAUAUACCAUAUUUUAAUCAAACGAAGAACAUUUUAUUUUACCGAAUUUGGCUUCUAUGAUUUUUUAGAAUUAUUUUUAAAGGUAUAAAUGAGGUACUUACACUUCUGAAUCCAAUGCAGAAAAACAUCUAGUGACAAUAACAAUUCAAGUAAAUGUUAAACUGUUACUUCUGCAUUGGAAAAGCAAAAUCAUUGAAAUGCAAACACUUUAAGAGACAGAAGCAGAGGUCUGCAGAUGUUAAAUGCAAGCAGACAUUUCAUCAAAAGCCAAAAAAGACCAGGAUACACUUUCUAUUGAAUUCAUCCAAAUUUUAAAUAACUUAACAUCAAUCUGACAGUCUGAAUACAUCAGUUCUAUAUUUUUAUUUUUUUCUUGUUCUUUACCUUUAGUGUAGUUAUCUGCAUCUAUAUCUUUGAUCUGCCUGUUUCUUAGUAACAAUACAGAUGCAAGGUGGAGUCCAAGGAAGUUGAAAACAAUACAACCUUUUUUUUAUCCGAGUCCUUUUUGUAAUAGAUUGAGUAAAGCUAAUACCAUACCAAGCUAAUGCAAACAACAGCCACCACUCAUUAAAAGACCUCAGUACUGUCAGCCCUCCCAGAUACACCAGAAAAGAAACACAACUAAAUGCCAUGACUCAGUUUCCAGACUGAGAAACUUCAUCAACAUAUCCCCAUGCAAUUUGGGGAGGAUCAGUACAUUCCAGUUACUUGUUCAGACUGAGAAAGCUGCUUGGAUGAGGAGCAAAACAUCUGAAACCAACAAGGAAAUAAGUCCAGUUGCCAUGACUCAAUUUCCAGACGACAAGAUGAACUAAUUCUACUUUAUUGUAAGGUUACAUUAAUAAAAUCUUGCAAGUCUGAAAGUACAGUGGUACCUUGGUACUCAUUGUUAAAUCGUUUGGGGAGGCAUGACAAGUGCUAAAAAUGACGAGUGCCAAACAAGCCACAAGACUUACCAUGCCACUCUUUGUUUUGGCCAAGAAGGAAUUCCUGUCUCCCUUUUCCUAUGUCAGUGACCUUUCCAGUACAGCAAACUUCCUGUCUGCCUUCUGCAGCUGACCUUCCCAGGUUGGCUGACUUCCUGUCCAUUCUCCACAGAUGCCCCCCUUUAACAAUCACAGUGCAUCAAGUAUCAGACAAAGAAUGAGUACCGGGGCAAUUUUUUUGUGUGUGUCAAAAUGUACUACAUAGCCAAUUUAACGAGUUUUGAAGGCAUUGAGCACCGAGGUAUCAAUGUACAUACUUCUCGCCACCACUGUUAAUUCCUUGAACCAUUAAAGUGGGGUUUUCCUAAGUUUCCUUAACUGUUAAGCUCUGGGGACUCCUGCCUUUCUUGUUGGAUUGUUUUCUAAAUAGCAUAUCUUCCCCAAGGUUAUUCACACAUUCCAUUACAGUAGUGAUAUAUUUUAUUUCAUGCUUCCUUUAUUGUAAAUUGCAUAUAUGUUGAAGUUGCUACAUGUUCAGUAAACUAAUAAAGAUUCCAUCGUAAAAAUU